UCUCAGUUUGAGAGACCGCUGGGCCGCCUGUGGUUGUGAUUUUUUAAUUUUCAAGAUGGCGGCCGUGUUGAGUUACAUAGCUGAAUUGUACGAGAGAAUAUCUCAACUCAGAGAUCCCCGGAUGAAGACACUUCCGUUAGUACAAGUUAGCGAUAUUAUUAUCAUAAUAACGUUAUAUUUAUUGUUUGUAUUUAAAUGGGGACCGCGGUUUAUGAGAAAUCGUCGGCCAUUCCAAAUCGACAAUAUCGUGAUGGUAUACAAUGCUUUGCAAGUACUUGGAUGCGCACUAAUGGUGUUUUAUGCGAGCAGAAAAUGGAUUAGAGAAUAUAAAUUGUUCUGUCAGCCCGUGGACCGUUCUAAUACUCCGGAAGCUUGGGAGGCAAUCCUGUUAAAUUACUACUACUAUUUACUCAAAGUUGCAGAUCUCUUCGACACAGUAUUCUUCGUGUUUCGGAAAAAACAGAGUCACAUCACCUUCUUGCAUGUUUACCACCACGCUGGCAUGAUUGCUCUCGUCGGAGGAUCUGUGAACUUCGCUCCAGCUGGUCAUGGCGGGUCAGUAGGCAUUAUCAACAGCUUCGUCCACUGCUUCAUGUACUUCUACUACUUCUUGACUAUCUACAAGCCAGAGUAUAAAGAAAAUAUCUGGUGGAAAAAAUACGUUACGCAACUGCAAAUCGUGCAGUUCUUCAUCUUCGUCGUGCAUAUGGGAUCUAUAGCAGUCAUAAAAGACUGUGACUACCCUGUGUUCGCUGUAUUCGUAUUCCUCCCGCAAAACAUAUUCAUGCUUAUAAUGUUCAUAGAUUUUUACAUCAAAACUUACAUUAAAAAUAGUAAAGGGAAGAAGAAUGAGGAAAUGGAAAAUACUGAAAGCAUACAAGAGAAGAUUGGUAAAGUUGAAGAAAUAGUAGCUAAUGGAAAAAAUAAUGUAAAAUUAAGAAAUGGACAUCGUUAAAUUGUUACUUGAGUGUUCUGUAUCAUACGUUUGAUCGGGUGCAUACGGGUUUUGACUGUAGAGAGCAAAAAUAUGCACACACUUGUUUUAUGUGAGAUAAAUAUGCUAGAAAGUACCUGGUCUACCUUUUAGUCUCAUUUAUGAUAAAGAUCGUUUGUUUAAUGGGCCCUCUCUACGUUGUUCCAUGAUGAAUAAUCAUGAUUGCGACUGACAUUAGUUAUAGAUGUAUGCAAAUUCGCAUAGGUUCGCUGGUAAUGGUCCAUGGGCCAUCGUGCAGCCUGCUUUAUGUGUGUUGUCUUGCCAUUUGUCACUACAUAUAGUCGAAAUAUAGAUUAACGUGCAGAGGCAAUGUGAUAGUCGCCUUUACAAGAUAUAAUAUGAAACACAAUGAGAAAAAUACGGUACUGCAAAGAUCCUUGGCCCAAUCGCCACCAUAUUGAAAAACUGUUGUUUGACGGAUUGACUAAAUGUCAAAAGAUCCUUGCAGGACUGUAUUGAAGAAACUCGCAGAGUAAUUUUAGCGGUAUUACCAGUUUGGUGGUUUAGAACUGCUAAAAUAUUUUGUACUUCUAACAGAGAUUCCAAAUCCCUAAAAGAAUCAAUACACUUCUUUAGGAAUAACCAUAGUUCAUAACUUAUAUUUUUUAUGUAGAUAGACGAUACUAUACAGAAACAACCUGAAUAAACGAAUAAUGAGACAAGACUGAGUAACAAACAGCAUGAACGUGAUUAUGUUAUUAUACGCUUUAUGAUAUUAGUGCCAAAAGACGUUUUUAACAAAUAUGGCUUAAAUUUCACCUCUAUUAGCUUUUGAAAGUGAUCAAUGAAGAUUUUAUCAAAAAUAUGGAUAUAAAAAAUGCAAUUAUUGUUAUGCUGCCA